GAACGCUUGUCUCUUUUUAUUCACCAUGAUCAGGUUUUAGUAUAUUUACCGGUUCUCUUGAAUGUCACACAAGUGUUAAAAAAUAAAAAUCAAGAUACUUUAAUGUUAAAUUAAAGUAACAUAAUCUAAAUGCGUUGUGUAGUUAUAAUAAAAAUCGAUAAAAAGACCGGCCGAAGUGUUGAAAACUGUGUAGUAAAUUGGUUCAUGUGUGUGAAAUAUCGUUGAUGGUCCUAAAACAAACUCCGUUUUGGCAAGAGUCUAAGAAACAGUUCCUAAGCAGUUGGCAGCAGAGGUUGUUCUUGACGAGGUUCGGAUAUUCGUACGAAAAAUGCAGGAGACUUGUUUCGUGGGUCGCUCUGGCAAUACCUGCGCUUCUUCGCGCCGGUAUUCGAAAGAAAUUCAGUCGGAUUCUGACUCCAUCCCGAAACUCUGUCUCGGAGUGCUUAAGAUCCUGUAAUUUCGCGGAUAAUAGCGCACGCGACGAAGUUGCGCCUCUCAACUUCGAGAUAUUCGAUGCAAUAAGGAACGAGGACCCUAUCGAAAUAUAAUAUUUAACUGAAUAAACUAUUAAGUAUUACUAUAAAUUGAAAUUUGAAUUGGUGAACAUUAAGAUAAUUGCUCUUUUGUCAAUAUGAAUAGCAUUAAGAUUUAUAUUGUAUAUUAAGCGACCAAGCCUGUAUGUCAAACAUAGAUAAGGCGAUGACUUUCGACCCUAGUUAAUAUCAGUAUUAUAAGUGCUUAUCCACGACCUUACAGAAAAUAAACAUUGGAAAGUUUAGAGAUAUAA